AUGGCUGAUUGUCAUAUAGGACUCCAUGGCCUUCUCAAAUCGAUCCAGAAGCCAUGCCACCUGAAGAAGUUCAAUGGCCAGACUCUUGGAGUUGAUGCAUAUGGAUGGUUGCAUCGUGGCACUGUUGCCUGUGCGGUUGAUCUCGUUCUCGAACGGCCUAAUACUAAACAUCUCGAUUUUGUCCUCAACCGAGUCCGUAUGCUCCUCUUUUUCGGAGUAACCCCAUAUCUUGUCUUCGAUGGCGAUGAUCUACCAAGCAAGUCCGGGACAGAGUCCGAGCGGCUUCAAAGACGACAAGCAAGCAAAGCCCUUGGAUUGGAACUCCAACGUAAAGGGCGUACCGCGGAAGCUUAUCAGGAACUCCAGAAGGCGGUGGACGUCACACCCAAUAUGGCUCGCCAGCUGAUCGAAGAACUCAAAAAGAUGGAGGUUCAAUACGUGGUAGCACCGUACGAGGCGGAUGCACAAUUGGUUUACUUGGAACGAGAGGGCAUCAUCGAUGGCAUCAUCUCUGAAGACUCGGACUUGCUUGUCUUUGGUGCGAAACGGCUCUUGUCCAAGCUCGAUCAACAUGGGGAAUGCAUCGAGAUCAAUCGCGCGGAUUUUACGGCCUGUCGCGAAGUUAGUCUGAUAGGGUGGACGGAUGCCGAUUUUCGACGAAUGUGUAUUCUCAGCGGGUGCGAUUACCUUGCCAACAUCCCACGAAUGGGGUUGAAGACGGCUUACCGCAGUAUCCGCAAAUACAAGAAUGUCGAGAAAUCGAUACGCAUGCUGCAAUUCGAUGGACAAUAUCAAGUUCCUGCUGAUUAUCUCAAGAAAUUCCAGCAAGCCGAGCUCACAUUUCUGUAUCAACGAGUCUUUUGUCCGAAAGCGGGCAAGCUUGUCACCCUGACUCCUCCUGAGAAGGAUAUCAUUUUGGACGAGUUGCCAUUCAUUGGAGGCGAUGUAGACCCGGAAAUUGCUGUGGGAAUCGCACGGGGCGACCUUCACCCGACUACGAAGCAGGAGAUCGUCUUGAAACCACUGGCUCCUCGCAGGCCGCUCAAUGCCAUUACUCGCCGGCAGACUCUUGGAUCAUCGGCAGAAUUGAAGGCAAAAAAGCCCAUCGACACGUUUUUCACACCUAAACGUGUUCCGUUAGCUGAACUGGACCCCAACAGUCUCACGCCUUCUCCAAGUCAGCAACGCCUGCUAGAACGCCAUGCUAAUACAUCUUGGGAAGGUAGAGCUGCACCAUCUCGACCAGGCGUGGUGGGAUCGGCCCCUGUUCCGGGACUUUCUCAUAGAAUUUCGAGCCCACUGAUCAGAAGUGUGGAACGAAAUUCUUUCUUGGCACACGCUGCCAAAGUAUCGACUUUCCAACCAGCCAAGCGGCAACGCCUAUGCGCGGAAACGGAGGAAGAAAGCUUACCUGAUCGAGCGGAUUGUCGCAGUCGGUUCUUCGCACCCUGUCUGGACAAUUCCAGUCCCAGCGGGUUGAAGGCCACUCGAACCAAGCGCAAGUCUAACUUGGGUGUUUUCUCUGAUGAGCUUGCUGAGCAGAUUAUGACUCAAAUUCCGGACCCUGAAGUCAGUACCAGCGAGUCAACAGAGGCAGUGGACUCGUCUCCCGGACCGCUGCUAGAGGCAAAAGACAAGAGAGAUGAGAAGCCGGUUCUCUCUAGUUUCGUCUUCAAGUCUCCGGCUCACGAUCGGAUUUCCACCGCAUCCAGGCCUCCGGGGCAGCCACGUCCGUCUGGCCUGUCCCCGCGACGUCGACUCACUCCCUUGCAACGCAUGGGUCGGACUGCUCUAGCUCGAUCUCGGUCGGUGAAUGCUCUUCCGCAAGUGAAGGCGUUCGCUCCUCCCAGGAUAAUGGAACGUUCGGCAACGACUCUGGCCCAGGGCAGUGAAGAUAUGAUUAUUCCCAAUAGCGAUGACGAUGAGGAAGAAGAGGAAGAUGCGAAGAGUUCCCAACCAUUAGUGGACUUGAAGAAAUUCUUGUAUGCGAAGUAG